AUGGACGCGGCCCAGAUCAAGCUCUCGGAGCUCCUCCGGAUCCCCGAUGACCUCGACAAGAUCGCGGCGCUGAAGCAGGAAUUCACGCGCAAGAAGGGCGCGGUCGACGCUCAGCUCCGUAGCGGCCUGCGCGAACAGCUCGAGACGACACAGUCUGGUAUGAACGGCCUGUCAGAGGGUCAGAAGGCCGUGCAGCAGAUCAAGGAGGAGAUGAUGAAGAUCGACAAGCUGUGCGCCGAGUCACAGAACAUGAUCAAGGACUUUAAAACCAUCAAUAUCGUGUCACAGGCUCACCGGAACUUUGGUGCCGUCGAGGAGAUGCGAAAAAACCUCGAGAUGUUCAACGAUCGAUUGACGGGCGUCGAGAACAUGCUGAGGGCGGACGAGGCGGACCAGGAGAACAUGCCGAACCUACUACCCAUACAUUACGAGCUCACGCAGCUGCGGAACAUACGCGACGAUGCGAUCGAGCAGAUACAAAGGACGGGCGAGCGGGACUUACAGUCGACUCUGGAGGACUACUUUGAGAGGCUGGAUGGGGCGAUUGGAUGGUUCGACGAGAACAUCAACUUGAUCGCCAUGAGCCUGAUCAAUCUAGUGACCUCUGAGACUAACGGCUUAGUCGUGCGCUUCGCAGUCAUCAUCGAGGCCGAAGAGAAGAGCGACCAGAGGGUGCUGGCCCUGCAAGAAGCGCUGAAGGACCACAAGGAAAUGGCAACACGCUUCCAGAGCAUAACAGACGGGGCCAAGACAGUGCGUGGAUAUAAAGAGAAGUUUUUGGAGGCAGUAAAGGUAUACGCGAAAUCACAAUUUGAUGCAAGCCGGGAGGAAUUUUUGGCCGACCCGAGCCAGCUGGACAAGAUCAUGAAAUGGUACUUCAACGACCUCAACGCUGUGAGAAUCGGCAUGGUGCCAUUAAUGCCGAAAAAGUGGAAGAUUUUCAAGACAUACGCACAGAUCUAUCACCAACUGAUGCACGACUUCCUCAUUGAAAUCGUGGACGACCCCGACCGCAGCUCUCAAAACGCCCUCGAGGUCAUCAAUUGGCCAGAAAAAUACUACAAGAAGAUGAAGAAGCUGGGCUUGACAGAAGACCAGCUCUCGCCUCACGUCAUCGACAAUAGAGAAACGGAACUCGUACGGGAUUUCCAAUCGGUGAUCAUCAAAUUCCUGGACGAAUGGAUGGACCGGAUUUUCGCGCAAGAAAGGAAAGACUUUGUCAAUCGCAACGUCGAGGGCGGGAAUCUGGACGCAGACGAGUACGGAUAUUUUCGCACCAAAAAUCUUGUCGACAUGUGGAGGAUGUUGCGGGAACAGCUCGACGGCGCAGCGAGCUCUCAGCGCACGGACGUCGUCGAGGGAGUGGUUGAUGCUAUGUUUAUGAGACUGCGACAAAGGCAACAGAACUGGCAGAAGAUGCUGGAGGAGGAGGCCUUGCGGUACGAGGCCGGGAAGGAACCUGAGCUGGAAGGUUUCCAGACGCUUCACGACUGGCUGGUCGCAACCGCCAACGAUCAGAUCGCCUGCAUCGACGACAACGAGGAGGAAGGACGUGCCGCCUACCUGACGGGAUUCAGGCAGAAGCUUGAGCCCAUGGUGUCACCGCAGUACAUGGAGCGGGCAGAAGCGGAAAUCGCAUCCCUUCGCGAUGGCUACGUGGAUUUCAGCACAUGGUGCAUCACCAAGUUCGCGCACCUCAUCUUCGCUGUCGACUUCAAGGCUGUCAUGGCCGACUUCUUCACGGUUAGAUGGUACGGCAACCAAGUCAUGAAGCAAAUCAUCGUGACGUUCCAGGACUAUGUUGAGGAUUACAAGAUGGUGCUGCACCACAGCAUUGUCGAUAUAUUCGUGGAGAUAUUCUCGGACGAGUUGCUUGUUCGCUACCUGUCGUCGGUGCGCAACAAGGGGGCCAAGUUCAAGCGCGCAGAGCCAUUUCCCGAUAAGAUAUUCGAAGACCUAUCGGCAGCGUUUGAGUUCUUUGACCAGUUGGAGAGGCCAGACGUUGGCGAGGCGAUCAAGGGGACGUGGCGGGCGACCGAGUAUUUCCUCGAGCUGCUGACCCAGCCCAAGGAGGCGAUCCCGGAUAUCUUCCAAAACUUCAAGCAGACGUACUGGGACUUGCAGCUCGGCUGGGUUGAGGCCGUCCUGAAGUCGCGCGACGACUAUGAGAGAAGCAUGCUGAAUUCUGUCAAGAGCAGGGCAGCAACUAUCACGGUGGACAGAGGUCUUGAAACCAUCAUGGGGAAGAUUAAGUAA